ACGUGGUUCACUUUACGUCACAACCACUCUCCGGCCCCAUCCCGCUGCCGAUGUCUUAUAUAACCAACUAGACAACUGAGCUGAUCAGAACCCCAUACCGUGUCUCUGUUCUUCUUCUUCUUCUUCUUCCUCUCUUCCCUCAAUCAUCCAUGGAAAGCAGCAGAUCAGGGACUGCAGGAAGACCCAUCAAAUGCAAAGCUGCAAUCUGCAGGAAAGCAGGGCAACCUCUGUCCAUCGAAGAGAUUGAGGUCGAUCCUCCAAAGGCCUGGGAGGUUCGGAUCAAGAUCCUCUGCACUUCGCUCUGUCACUCUGAUCUCAGUUCUUGGAAGUUGGACGUAGAACCAUUUGCCAUUUUCCCCAGAAUAUUCGGGCACGAAGCUAUCGGAGUUGUGGAGAGCGUCGGGGAGAACGUCCACGAGGUGAAGGAGGGAGACACGGUGCUGCCGGUGUUCCAUCCCAACUGCGGCGACUGCCCAGACUGCAAGUCCUCGAAGGGCAACGGCUGCUCCGUCUUCGUGAAGCGGCCGGGGCUCGUCCAUAACAUGCCUCGGGACUGGACCAGCCGCUUCAGGGGAUCAGACGGCCAGGUGAUUUACCACUUCCUCAAGGUCUCCAGCUUCUCCGAAUACACGGUGGUGGACAUUGCCAACAUUGUGAAGAUCGACGGUUUGUUCCCCGUCGACCGGGCCUGCCUGCUCAGCUGCGGUGUGUGCACCGGAGUGGGAGCCGCGUGGAAGGUCGCGGGGGUGGAGGAAGGAUCCACAGUGGCCAUAUUUGGGCUUGGAUCCGUUGGGCUUGCGGUCGCAGAGGGGGCAAGAUUACGGGGAGCUUCCAAGAUUAUUGGAGUCGAUCUUAAUCCCGAGAAGUUCGAGCUAGGAAAGAAGUUUGGGGUCACAGACUUCAUCAACCCUUCCGGUUGCCGAGAUAGACCCCUCAGCGAGGUCAUCAAAGAAAUGACGGAUGGAGGUGCCGACUACUGCUUUGAGUGCAUUGGGGUGGCUUCCGUGAUGGCGGAUGCAUUCGCUAGCAGUCGAGAGGGAUAUGGCAAGACGAUCAUUUUGGGAGUUGAGAUGGCAGGGACCCCGUUGAGCCUCAAUUCUGUCGAGCUUCUCAGUGGCAAGACUGUAUCUGGCUGUAUAUUUGGGGGUUUAAAACCAAAAAUCGACAUUCCCGUCCUCGCUCAAAAAUAUUUGGAGAAGGAGCUGAAUUUGGAUGACUUCAUAACGCAUCAUCUGAGCUUCCAAGAGAUUAACAAAGCCUUCGAGUUGCUGCUUCAAGGAAAGAGCCUCCGUUGUAUCAUGUGGAUGGAUGAGUAGCUUCCGUUUCUCGAUAUCGAGUUUUGAAUGUAUGUAUCGAAAUUUCAUGAGUUUUCAGUAUAUGUUUAAUGUGGAAAUUGAGCUCUACGCUCUGCAAUAAUUGGAUUAAUAUAGGGCCAACCCAUUUUACCUUA